CAAGGCGAUUCACAAGCGAGGCAUUUUCUCCUCUCAAAUCUGAUUGGCUGCCCGCUCAAAGCAUUGUCACAUGACACUCCAACGCAACAGAAGCAGGAAGAACACAAAACCGACCCAGGAUGACAGCAGCCCUCCUGUGUUUCCUCCUGGCUUCUCCACUGCUGCUGGUUGCUGGCAGCCCAGUUUAUAACCCUAACAAUGGGACCGUACCAUUGGUGCUGUGGCAUGGGAUGGGCGACAGCUGUUGUAACCCACUCAGCAUGGGGGCCAUGAAGAAGAUGAUUGAGGAGGAGAUCUCUGGCAUCUACGUGAUCUCGCUGAUGAUCGGGAAGAACGUCGUUCAGGACGCAGAAAAUAGCUUUUUCAUGGAUGUGAAUGAGCAGGUGUCCAUGGUCUGCAGUCAGCUGGCCCAAGACCCAAAGUUGAAGGGAGGAUACAACGCCAUGGGCUUCUCCCAAGGGGGACAAUUUCUAAGAGCUGUGGCUCAGCGCUGUCCCUCCCCGCCAAUGAAAAACCUCAUCUCCGUCGGGGGCCAGCACCAAGGAGUGUACGGGCUGCCGAAGUGCCCCGGAGAAAGCUCCCACAUCUGUGACAUGAUACGCAAAGCUCUCAACAACGGAGCUUACACCGACUUGGUUCAAAAACACCUGGUGCAGGCCCAGUACUGGCACGACCCCUUAAACGAGGACCUGUACAUGAAGCACAGCCUCUUCCUGGCCGACAUCAACCAGGAGAGGGCUGUAAAUGAAACGUACAGGAAGAAUCUUCAAUUGUUGGAAAAGUUUGUCAUGGUCAAGUUCCUGCAGGAUUCUGUAGUGGAUCCUGUCGAUACAGAGUGGUUUGGCUUCCUGAAAACCGGCCAGGCCAAAGAGACUGAAACUCUGCAAGAGAGCGUGCUCUACAAAGAGGACCGCCUGGGACUGGCAGCGAUGGACAAAGUGGGAAAGUUGGCUUUUCUUUCAUCCGAAGGGGACCACCUGCAGUUCACAAGAGAGUGGUUCACUGCAAACCUGCUGCCUUAUUUGCACUAAAACACCUAAAAUUGUCAAAUCAGACAACAACAAAAAAUGGUUUCGAGAGCAGUAUAAUUCCAGCUAAUAAACGCUUAACUGGGAGGGUGCAGAAAUCCCAUCAUGCAUUCCUUUUGCACGGAUUGCUUGUGGCAUGUGGAUGUCUAACCAUGCUAUUUUCUUUAGGUGUUUUGAUAAGGUCACGUGUUUUUGUUUUAAUAAAAAGCAUCUGUACACAUUACACUGUAAUCCAAUAAAGGCAAAGAGACUGUU